AUGCCACGCCCCAAGACAGCGCGGCAGAAGCUCGCGAGACGAGCGUGCGACUCGUGCAAGGUGCGCAAAAUCCGGUGCACCGAGGUGGCUCCUGCAGCGGGCGCAGCGCGGCCCGCGAGGCCUUCGGGCUGGGACUAUAGAAAGAUUCAGCUCAAUCGGCAAAGGCAGCGACAGCAGCAGCAGCAGCAGCAACAGCAACAGCAACAGCCGCCGUCGCAGGGCGCGGGGCCCGCGAGGCACUCCAUAUCCCCGACAUCUUCUCCCCGAAACGAAGCCGUUGGCCACCACGGCAGCGACGACGGGCCACGUCGCCGGGUGCGCAUCUCACUCUCCCGCCUCCUCCUCGUCUUCCCCUUCGUCCUCCUCCUCGUCGUCCGCCUCGCCCCCACCCUACACCUCGCCGCGAACAGCAUCUACCACCUCCUCUCCGUCAUCGACGUCUACGCCUCGCGGCUGUUCCCCGUGUGGCCCAUCAUCGACACCUCCAAGCUCAAGCAGACCCUCGUCGUGGACCCGGACCACGCGAGCUCCCUGCGCCUCGCUAAUGCCGUCGCCCUCGCGACCACGGCCCAGCUGAACCUCAAGACGGCGUGGCGGCCGGACCCGGAGGCCAUCAACCGGCUCGAUGCCGGCGAGACGGCCGAUCUGCUCGACGAUCUCCGCACCUCCUUCUUUUGCACAUCUACCACGAGAACCUCACGGCCGGCGGGGCCAAAUCUCUCCUGUACCUGCGGGAGGCCAUCACCCAGGCGCAAAUCCUGCGCUUGGAGCACGAGUCGUCGUACCUCUUGCUACCCCAUGCUGAGCAGCAAAUCUGCCGCCGCGUCCUAUGGCUCCUCUUUGUUACCGAGCGUUGCUCUAUUACACAAGCUACCGCCCAUCCUGAAGCCCAAUAUCCAUUUCCCCAGCACGGGGGCCGCCGACGGCUGCUCGCAGAUCCUGCCCGCCUUCCUCAAGCUCGUGCACCUAUUUUGGAUCUUUGACCAUUCGGGCAUCUUUGGCAUCCUCCAAGACGCCGAGCCCAACACGGCGCAGGCCGGGUCGCUGGUGCAGUCGUGCAUGGAGAUCCUGCAACAGAAGCUGCAAGAGUCCAUCACGGACGAGGACUGGGGCUCGGGCAACGACGUGCAACGCGCCGACGUCUUCCUCACGCGGCAGUGGAUGCGGGCUAUUUUGUCGCGUGCCGCGUUCAAGCUGGGGAUCCAGAGUCCUACGGUGAACCCGGUGAAUAUUGCGCGCGAGUUCUUGUCUCUUGUGUCUCGCAUACCGCCCGCCGCGCUCGAAUCUCACGGUGCUACCCUCGAAUUCAAAACCUUUGAGAUCGCGACCACGGUCAUCGACGCCAUGUCGAAAAACUACCCCGGAAUCUCGGUGGACGGCACGGCCGACACCCUCUUCUCCCUCCGGGACAUGCUCUCGUCGUCCCGAGGCGGCAACAAUAAACUCCUAUCUCGCUUGAACAUGCGGCUCGGCGCCAUCUUCGGUUCGCCCGCCACAGCCACCGUGUUCCAGCCCUACAUGGUGCAAGUCCAGCGCCAGGCCGCGCCACUCGGCGGGCCCUCGGCGAUCGACCCCGAGGAUCUCAGCAGCAUCUGGGCGUCCAACGACUUGCUCGCGUCGAUGCCUUUGACCGCCACCGCGACGCCACUGCUGCCGACUCAGGCCACGUUGUCGGCGCCCGCCGCGCAGCAGCAGCCGGGACGCGAAGAUGACCUGAGCCAGAUGCCAUGGCUCACGCUCGACCUGGGGAACUUGGCUCGAUCGCCGUCGCCGUUUACUCGUAUCCUCUUGGAUAUAGAUACCCGGGAGACGCUCGACGAACUCCUGGCCAUGAACACGGAUGGGGAAUGCGGGGUCUUGAUCAGAUGA